AUGUCAAUAAUGCAUUAUAUAAAAUGUAUGUUUAUUAAUCCUAUUAUAUAUUCAAAAAAUGAACAAUAUAAAAUGGUAAUAGUUGUCCGAUCAGAUAUAUUUAUGGGAAAGGGAAAAACUGCAGCUCAAUGUGCUCAUGCAGCAGUAGAAUGUUGUCAUCAAGUAUCACUUAAUGCAAACUAUCAACAAAUAUAUAAAUCUUGGUUAUUACAAGGCCAAUCUAAAAUUGUGUUAAAAAUUUCUAGUGAAGAAGAAUUAUUAUCAUUAGCUAAAAAUGCUCGUAAAGCUGGUUUAAUUACUUCUAUAAUAAAAGAUGCAGGUAAAACUCAAUUGCAACCUGGAACAAUAUCUACAUUAGGGAUUGGACCAGGUCCAAAACAAUUAAUAAAUAACCUUACUUUGAACUUAAAAUUAUUGUAGUAGUAUGAAAGUAUUAGUAUGUAAUAGUAGUAUGAAAAUAUAAAAGUAGAAGAAAAUAAUAGUAAGAAAGAAAAUAAUCAUAAUAAUAAAUUUUAAUGAAAUUUUAAUAAAAAGAACUAUUUGUGAAUAAUAUAUAAAUAAAUAAUUAAAUAAUUAAUAAA